CAAGACCAAAGGACGAAGGAGGAACCGAUUUACUUACAGCCUCUAUGCCCAACACAUGGCGAAAUGCGUGUUGGAUAGAUAUCGACCAUCGGGCAUAGUAGACAUGAUCCCCUGAGAUGCCAGUUUUCUGCGGAUAAAUAGCAGUGUUGCCCGUAUCCUUUCGCAAGAUGGUGAGCUCCACACGCACAUUCUUAGCCUUCUCGGUGUCCCGCGCUGUUUCAUUAGUAAGAAUACUGUUAGAGAGUUCUUGGUUCCUUGGAGAUAUUAAUGAUUACCUUAAGACGUCGCAUACCCAAUGGUACACUAGCAAAACGGAAAGUGUGCACAGCAAUUCUUACCUUGACAUGCGCUUAUUGAUGUGGAAUAUCUUUCGCUUAAUAGUCCACCAAACAAUAAAACAGUAUUACGGCGUUCUCAUUGGCCGGUUUCGAAUGAUGAUCGUUAGCUACCACGAUGACACAUCCCUGCAACGCAAUACAAACUAGAGGAGGCAAGACAAUGUAAGUUAUUGGUCUUUCGAACUAAUUAAUGUACUCGCUUGCACUCACCGUGUAUAUGCGUUUAUCGAAAGCAAAAAAAUGAAAAUAGAUUUUCCGGCGGUAUCCGCUUUGUUUAUUAGGCAAAACAUAUAUAAAAGUUGGAAAUUCCACUUAAGGUACUCGGGCGAAAAGUUGCUACGAUCGGUAGUGUAAUUGAUUGGAUCAGUUCCACUGAUGUAAAAUGCUGCAGGUACUCGACCGACAGAAUCAAAAACGAUGACCGUGUGCUCGCUUCGAAUUAGAUGCGAAAAUAAGGGCCGGCCGCUUAAUAUGUCGAUAGUUUUAUUGAUGGUUGGUGGGGUGAUUG